UGCCGACCUAUAAAUAUACGCUGAAUUUUAAGUGGAAUAACACCACGGGAAAAUAUAUACGAUCAAUUUUAACUCUCAAUGUAUUGUUGAUAAAAAUACACGUAGUUUAAGUAUAACUCUUCAAAUUUUAUUUGUUUACGACUAUGCAAAACAUAUCUUAAAACAAUUAUACAAUAUUUAGUAUUGAUACUGUUUAAAUUUCGCAAACAAAAAAUAACGUGUGGGAAGAAAUAAUUCGAUUGAAAAUGGCUUGUUUGAUAUAUAAUAUUUUAAACACUAUUGUAACUAUUUUAUUUAAGUAUUGUCUGAUAGGCAUCAUUAUUUUCCAACCUGCAGUUGAUUUUACCUCAAGAAUUGUUUGUAUCUCUUUAGCGACACUAGUUCCUGCCUUUUCUAUGAUAAAUGUGAUUUAUCCUUUAAAGAGUGAUACUUUUCAGAAUUGUUUUGAUCUAUUUCUGAUCUAUCUCGUAAAGACACCCUCAUUGCAUCUUGCUAUUGAAAGACAGUAACCUGCAAUUGUGUCUUGGUUUAUCUGGCCUACCUUCUUUGCCGAAAAGAGAACUCUUAUAAAAAUACAAAAAUACAACGAUCCGUUAUAUGAGUAAAUGUUGAAGAGAGCUAUUUUUGUACAUUACAAUUUUAUUAGGUCAUUAUUAGGGAUGUUUAUUACUUAAAACUGUUUCCCUAUUUAUUAAUUUGAUUUAAUUUGUUAGAAGUUAGCGAACCAUUAACAAAUUUUGAUUGUCUUGUAGUGAUAUUGAAAUUGUUAUGCAAAAAGAGCGAAAGUUUUACAGACUAUGAUUUAUUUAUAUUUUUUAGUUGAAUCUCGAUACAUGUUUUUCCUAGUGCACAACUUUGCAUAAUUUUGAAUAUAGGUUACAGUUAUAUCAUGUGUAUAUUCACAGUGAACAUUGCCCUCAACAAACCGGCGUAUCUGCAGUACCAGUAUAGACGGGGUGACAAAAUACAUGACGCCAGUAAUGCUGUCGAUGGGCGGAAAUCAGACCUGAGAUUAGGUGGUGGUCAAUGUGCGUCAUCAGAGCCUCAACAAACGGCAACGUGGUGGGUCAACCUGUCCAGCAUACAAAGCAUUCAUCACAUCACAGUGUUUUAUGUGACUGGCAAUAAUAAAUCAUGGGGUACUUUUUACACGCCAUCAUUUCUGGGAUUCGCAGUGUAUGUAUCAAAUACAACGAAUAAAUCUGAAGGAGUGUUGUGUUUUAAGGACACCAAUUUCACAACAAGAACCAUACCCGCUGUCAUCACCACCAACUGCACUGUGCAUGGACAAUAUGUCAUUUAUUACAAUGAAAGACUACCAGAAGUAGCAUAUCCUGAGGACUAUUCUAAAAAUGCAGAAGCCGAUUUAUGUGAAGUGGAGGUAUACGGGUGUCUCGUUAUCGGAUAUUAUGGAUCUAACUGUUCAAUUUCCUGUCCAGACGUUAACUGUCAGUACUGUCACAUAGAGACGGGCACUUGUCGGGGCUGUAAGCCUGGGUACCGAGGUCAGCGAUGUGAAUCAGCCUGCCAACAUGGAUUCUUUGGACAAGACUGCACUGACACAUGUAACGACAGAUGCAACGGUUGUAACAAUAUCAAUGGUUUGUGUGAGUCUGGAUGUCUAGCAGGCUGGAUAGGAAAUAAUUGCCGUAAAGCGUGUGACAAAGGAUUCUACGGUCAUGGCUGUAAGGAAGCUUGUGGACAUUGCCGAGAUGUCCGAGAAUGUUCUCACAUUAAUGGAACGUGUAUUACAGGAUGUGAUGCUGGUUAUCACGAGGAAUUGUGUAAAACAAUUUGUCCAUAUGGAUAUUUCGGACAAGACUGUACCGAAAGAUGUAAAGACACCUGUACAGGUUGUAAUCAUGUACACGGUUUGUGUGAUUCUGGAUGUCAACCUGGCUGGACUGGACACAAUUGUACUCAAACAUGUGCCACAGGAUCAUAUGGCGUCGACUGCAACGAAACAUGUGGACACUGCCGUGACGUAAACCAGUGUCUCCAUUCAGAUGGAGUAUGUUUAAACGGAUGUAAAGAAGGUUAUACAGGGUCAAUGUGUAAAAUACCCUAUGCCACUAGUUCCCAAUCGCUUCAGCAAAAUCUAAUAAAUGGGGAAAGUGUCGCAACUGCUGUAAUUCUACUUGUUGCUAUAGUUGUACUUAUUCUCUACAGGAGAUCUCGGAGUAAGAAUUUAGAAAUUCGACAUAUACAAGAAAAUAUGGUGGAUCAGUCAAAUCAUCACAGUAAGUAUUGCGUUUUACAUUUAUUUCCAUGGAACGAUGCAAUCUAA